UUUCUUAUUUCUUUCCAGCAUCCAGCAGAUAGCCUCUCCAGUGCACCACUGCUCUGAUGGACUUGGAGCCUUCCAAAACACCUGCUGUGCAAUCCUCCUAUCAAACCUUCAGCUCUUGCCUUUAUCUUCUUUGCGAGGCACAUUUUUUAAUCAUAAACCUGACCUCACAAAUCCGUUUGUAGUUUUGUAACGCGGGGCGUGCUCUCCACAGACACCGCUAAUCCCUGGAUCCUCUGAGUAGGACCAUGAUUUCUGGGACGGUGUUGCCAGGGGAAAGGUGGUGCCCGGGACCUGUUGGAAAUGACAGCUGAGGAAAGCGGAUUGAAGCGAAGGCAUCACAAUAACAUUAAAGAUAGAAGAUAGCGAAGAGAGUCCCUCGCGUCACCGUGUAACGGGGUUGUAGAGAUGGAGUCCCUGAUGAGCGCGGUGACUCCACGCUCCCCAGCACCCGCCAAGAAACUUUCUGAGGUGGACUUCCGCUCAGGGGCAACCCUGGAGCAGCUGUCGGCACAGGUAUCUGAACUGGUACUGCUGGAGCAGGGGGAGUUUGGAGACCAGACCGCCUUAGAGGUCCACACCGCCAAGGACUUCAUCUUCAACAUGUUAGGCUUAGUUCAGAAAGUGGACCAGCGCCUCCCGGUGGCCAACGAGUACCUGCUGCUCUCCGGCGGGGCCCGCGAGGGCGUCUUGGACCUCAACCCCGAGGAUCUUGGGGACUACGCCAAAGGGGCCGACUUUGACCUGGAUUUCACCCUGCUGGUGCCCGCCCUUAAGCUUCACGACCGCAACCAGCCAGUCACUCUGGACAUGAGACACUCCCCGCCCUGCCACUCGUGGCUCAGCCUUCGCCUCUGUGACUCCAGCAUCCUGUCCCGCUGGAGCAUCUGCUGCCAGGAGGAGAGUGGGCAUCCCACUGAGGAAGAGGAGGAGGAGGAGGAGGAGGAGGGGGAAAUGGGUAAAGGCUCCAUCCCCUCCCUGGGCUCCCCUCAGUCUCUGGAUGGAUGCUACUUCUCUCCCACCCUGGUGACGGACUGGUUCUGGGGAGUCGUGAGCGAGGCUGUAGAGGAGCUGAGGCGCAGCCCCCAAAGAGGCAUCCCCACCCCUGACCGCCUGGAGAGAAACGGACCCCUCACUACUAUUAUCCUGCAGGCAGGCUCGAGCCGGGUGCUGUACGACCUUCUGCCGGUGGUGUCGUUUCGAGGCUGGCCCGCUGUGGCCCAAGGCUGGCUGACUGCCAACCACUUCUGGGAUGGUAAAAUCACAGAGGAGGAGGCCAUAUCUGGCUUCUAUCUGCUGCCCUGCUGCUCCCCGCUGGGUGGUCGGCCUGACAGGGAGUGGAGACUGGCGUUCUCACGCAGCGAGGUUCAGCUGAAGAAGUGCAUCCCCUUCCCCAUGGCCCAGGCGUUCCAAGCAGCCAAGGCUGUCCUAUCUCGUAUCCUGGCCCGUCCGCGAACAGGCCUCAGCCUCUACCACCUGCGCACCCUUCUCUUCUGGGCCUGUGACCGACUUCCUGCUGCCUACCUGUCCUGCCCGGACACCGACACGCCCGGCCGCCUCCUCCUGGGACUCCUGGACGACCUGGCUCAUUGCAUCCUGGGUAAAAACUGUCCAAAUUACUUCCUGCCCCAAAGCAACAUGUUGGAGCACCUGACAGACAGCCAAGCACUCCUUGUCGCCAGGAAACUGGCCCACGUGCGCUCGGAUCCCAGCGAGCACCUGCGGGCGGCUCUGGACCAAGCCCAGCAGGCAGGCCAGCUGAAGAAGGAGCUGACAGCAAGUACUAGGCCACAACUCCCCGGGCAUCACUCGGCCAACGGCAUCAUCUCGCCUUCGGAGGACAAGCUGGCGCAGCGACUCCAGCAGCUGGUCACAGAGAACCCUGGGAAAUCCAUAUCCGUCUUCCUCAACCCCGAUGAUGUCACCAGGCCACACUUCCGCAUCGAUGACAAGUUCUACUGACCCAGACACGCUGCAGGGAAGACGUAUGGAUUUAAGUGUGUUUAGCUAACAAACACACUGAAGAACGCUGUGCACACGCCUCCUGUUUGACCAUCCUACGGCGAUGAAGCCGUGCUGCUUGACUGACUCUUUAAACCAAAAACACUCAUUUCUCACUACUGAAAAAACAAAACAAGAAACGUCCAGUUUACGCGACGUUGCAUAAUGGACAUGAUGUCACCAAGCUGUUGCCACGGAGAUGGCCCUCUCCUAAUGAGCUGGCCUUAACAAGACUUAUCAGCUGGUGCUACAAAGACAAGGGCCGGGCUUUAGUCAGAAAAAUAAGUCCAGUGGAGAUAAACACAAAGAGUGUGUGUGUGUGUGUGUGUACAUGUUCGCCCAAGAGUUUUCAUGGAUUACUUACACUUCUGAAGUCAGCGGGAGAAAAGCUCCACGAUUGGUGCAUUUCUCCUUUUUUUAUUCCAGAUCAGAGUGGGCGAUAGCUGAAUUAGAAAGGAAAAACAAGGUGUGGCUGAUGUAACUGAAUGUAAUGUUGUAAGGAGAACUGCCGAGUCUUUAUAGUCUCUUUUCUCUUUAAACUAUAUUUUAGCCCUUUUUUUUGACCCUCAUGCCUCAAUUUAUGACUUUUUUUCCUCCUCACUUAAAAAAAAAAAUCUUUCUCAGGUAUGCACAACCCUGUUUUUGUAGGUCUAUGAUUAUAAUGUUUCAUGUCAAAUACAUUUCAUGGGGUGAUGGAAUGUACCAAAGAGCUACGUUUGAGCAGAACAAACACGUUUUAACAUGUGUCGACAUCUUACUCUGGUCUGACCUGACAAAUCUACACGGUCAGAAUGUUUGUUUGCCUUUAAUCCUUUGAAAGUCUCACACCAGCAUGUAACAUGGUAAAGGUGGCCCUAAAAUUACAGUUAAGAUUUGUGUAAAAAGUGGAUCAAAUAAAUAGGUGCAAAACUUGCAGCAGAACAAGAUUAUCAUAGCAUGGUCACAGUCUGAGAAAGGAAUGGUUUCAAAAUAUGAAAUUAUAAGUUGCAGUCUAAAAUGUUUAUGAUUUAAAACUCAUAAAGCUAUAUAUAAUUAGAAGAAACUAGGAGUAGGGAAAAGGGAGCAGGGCCUUUAAAAUAAAUGUAAUCAAUGAAUGAAAAACAUAAGAAAGACAACUGCAUUUUUUCCAAUACCAAUAUAAAAGUAAAACUGAUGAUAACUGUCAGUUUUCAUGCAGUGAUAUUACCAUGAAACCCCUAUAAGUCAUAUUAGUGCAAUGAUAAUGUUUCAAGUUGAUUUAGGGGAGCUUUUGUAGCUCUUUAGUUGUUUUGCACUUCUAACUUUAUUCCUCUGUCACAGUGAAAACUGUUCUUGCAAACGAUAAUGAGAAAGGAGUCAAUAGCUAAAGUGUGCCAGACGUUUUAUCUCAUUAGCGCUCGACUUCUUGCUUACUGACUGACUGUUAGCAAGUUGUUAGAAGCCAUUUUUUCCCUCUGCUUUAGUAGAACUGAAGCGCAUCAAAUGAUAUCCCACAAACAAAAACAACACAGUGAGAAGAAAGGAGAAAGAACCUGGGUGAGCUAUUGUAACUGACUGGUGCUAGCAUGCCUUGGCUGCCUGCUUUUAGCUGUUAGCUUGCUGGCUACAGUAGUACACCGCACCUCCCAGAGCCACAACAGUUAAUUCAUUAUGGUACUGAAACUAGUAUGUACAAUAUGAACUACUGUUUGAUUAUAAAAAAGGAAGCUUUUUUUCUUGAAAACUAAAAGCAUCUGCUAACUUUGCUAAUUUAAGAUAGCUGGCACACAGCUAGCAUCUGUAGCAUUACCUUUCUCAAGUCAAAAAGAGUAAAAUAAUGUUAAAUAACAAUGAGAGGAAGACUGUCAGUCAGCUUGUGUCAAAGAUGUGGCUCAGCUUUGCCAUUUCACUCGCUGGUGUGAGAAUAAAAUGAAAUUCAAGCAGUUCAAGAAUUUAAGAAAUUGCUGGUGCUGCUAAGUUAUCACUGUAAGUUCUAGAUAAAUCCAUAAAACUUUAACCUUUUCAGUUUUGACUUUUGAGUGUUAUGGUAGGCACUUUAAAAGGGGAUUAAGAAAACUGAGAAUACAAAAGGUAACUAUAAAGCAGCAACUAUACUCUGCUUGUUGUGUGAUGACAUAUGGACCCUGUUUCCAGGUCCAUUUAGUCAGUUUUGUGCACGAUGGCACUCGUCUCGCUGCUGUACUUCUCCAUAAACUACCCCUCUGUACUUUAUGGAUGAAAUUAUCCCUCACCCCAAAGCUCAUUGCCUUUGCUGCUGUGUUGAAAUUCGCAUAACAACACGUCUGUAGUCAGCUAGCCUGACUUCACUAACACUCCUUUUUGUUUAAAUCCAAAGUUAUAGCUUUUGUAUACUUUACGAACACUUCACCAAGUAGCUAGCUAGCUAGCUAACUUCACUAAACUUUAGAAGUCAUCUUUUUAAUGACCGCCUGGAUGCUACGCAUGAUUGUACACAAUUAAUUGGAGUUGAAUGAAUUUGGGCCGUUUUAUCCCUCAAAGGUGCCUAAAAGGUGUUUACUUUUGGGAACCGAAGGAGAAUUUGGACCCAGAAGUAGAUAAUUCUCUCAGACUUUACAAGUGGAACGCUGUUCGGGGUUUUUUGGCGCUAUUGUGUACUACAGCCACCACUAAGUCUACAUACUCCUACAGAGGGCCCCAGUACAUCUCUUCUUUUUAAACAUUGUGUAAGCACAUCCAUUCACGUACUGUAGGGGAAACACACAGUUUAGUGUCUUUUUUGGAGGCUAUUUUUGACUUGACUGCUUCUGGUAAUUGUCCCGUCUCCUCCGCUUGACUAGUCCUUUUUUAAUGAGCUUCAUGUGCUUGUAUAUGCGCCGACGUGUGUGUUCACUGAGAGACGAACCUUACAGCAGGGUGCAGACAGACACCCAAAUGGUUCCUGUGUAAUUUCCCCCCUCCGUGGGUGCAAGUUGGCCUUUUACCUUCAUCCCACUUCUCCUGGCAACUUGCUGGUCCAAACCCACCAAAAAAAACCAAGCUCUUUAUACUUGGUAUCACUCCAGCACGCUGUUUACUCUGUAAGCAGACGCUCUCCUGCAGCGCCACUUCGCUGAUUUGAUUACAAGCUGCUGUGGCAGAAGCGAGAAGCAAACCCAGAUCACUUCCACUUACAUGGAUUUAGAGAGAGUUUGUUUUGCUUAACUGAAUUUGAGACUGCAUGGCUAAGUUUUGAUUCAAUUAGUUGACCCGACACUGCAAUGCUGCUUUCAGUGUUGGGUACAAAACACAACAAGCACACGAGUGGGUACAAGUCUCCUUAAAAAUCAGGGUGGUGGUUGAUUUUAAACUACUGGUUAGAAUGUUUCAGGUGUCCUGUGUUACACUGUCAGCUAUUGUGUACUUACUACUGAAUGAUUUUUAAAAGAAAAUAAUAUGCGUGUGUGCGUGUGUGUGUGAGCCUGAGGAAAACCAAAGUGUGUUGUCGAGGCUGCACAGAAUGUCUCAGCAUGGUGUGUAUUCAGCUGUUAAGGUGGACUUGGGUGUUUUCAGCACUUUCUCCAAGAUGGGCCGGAUUAUGGCUGCCCAGACUCUACAAGAUUUGAUCACGGCGUUUAUUUAUUGGAGCGUAGAGAUGUGUUAACGGUACGUUCGACAUCCGACUGAGAGUGUUGGAAGUUUAAAACGUGUCACACUUUGUACCUUAACAGGCCUAGUUAGAGAUUACUAGACACUGGAAACAAUCAAUGUUUUUACCUGAAUUGUUGGAUUGUACACAUAAAAUCUUUGGGGUAUUAUAUUGAUUCAUAGAUAUGCAAACAACACCCCCGAAUCAAACGGCCCGUGUGUAGAUUUAUUGUCGAUGUAAAAAACGAGGGAUUGAGUCACUGUCUGCUCUCCAGGAAUGAAACACCUGAACACGUCACUGUCUUCUCUUUGCUAUUCUCAUAAUUAAAAAAAACUUUUGGUUAUUAAAACUUUUGAAUGUAUCCUCCAUAUCUUUCUAAUUUGUUCCCUACUCGAGAUCACAGUCAAAUCACCCUUAGCUGUUAUCUAAGCAGAUGUAGUGUGCUCUAUGCUCAGGCACUGAGAUAAGCAUCUGUAGUGAAUCAGUCCACAGUUUGAGAAAUUGAAUUUCAUAUCUCUCUUAUUACUUGAGUUCUUUCUCCAAUUUUUUCUUUCUUUCUUUAAAAAAAAAAGAAGCAAGUUUUUAUUUCUCUCUAUGCUGACUGAUUUGCUUUAUUUAUUACAGUUUAUGUUCUCGGGGUUUAUAUUGGUUGAUCUUCAAGCUUUAGCAUGAAAUAAAACAUUACUUUUAAAAUGCUA